GUCUGCCGCGAGCAGUCGGCCGAGUAAACGAUCUGUUCUGUCGUCACUUCUAAUUUUUUCAAUUCAUAAUUACAAUCAAUUUCAAGUCAACACCGUGACACCUGUUAGAAUAAGAAAUCCAUUUUGGCAGAGCACAAAUAUCACGAACCUUUACGCACCAGGUGAAAGACGUUCAAGUGUUCUACGUUUUGCAAAAUCUUCAUCCUGCAAACGGUAAAACUGUUUUCAGUGGAUAAACGUUUCAUUCGUAUUAUUCCCGCCUUCGCUUUCAACUGUAUUUAACCGCCAUUAUUAGAAAAAAUGUCAGCCAAGGCAAUACGCGAGGCGACGGGCAAAGAUCUGAUUAAUCGUAAUCUAGUGAAGGGAACUGCUGCUGUUAAAUGCCAGUUUGUUUCUAUCAAUGACAAUACGAACUGGGUUGAUAUUGCUGUUGAAAAUCCAUGGCUCAAAACUGAGAAACUAGUUGUCAAACCUGAUCAGCUGAUCAAGCGACGUGGUAAAUUGGGACUAAUCAAAGUAAACGCUGAUCUACCUACCGUUCAGAAAUGGGUAGAAGAAAGGAUGAACAAAGAUCAACAGGUCGAAAAAGCUACUGGAAAGCUAAAGACGUUUAUAAUCGAGCCUUUCAUACCUCACAAACCUGAGGAGGAAGCUUACGUCUGCAUAUACUCUCAUCGUAAGGCAGACACAAUUCUAUUCCAUCACCAAGGUGGAGUAGACAUUGGAGAUGUAGAUGCCAAAGCUCUCAAGUUGGAAGUACCAGUAGGUUCAUCUCCUCCUGACCAGGCUAAGCUGACUGAAAAAUUAUUAAUCAAUGUAUCGCCAGCUAAAAAACCUGUGAUCGCCAAAUUCAUCGAAGCUCUGUACAAAUUAUACGUUGAAUUGUACUUCACUUACUUGGAGAUAAAUCCGUUGGUUGUGACAAAUGACGCAAUCUACAUACUGGAUCUUGCAGCAAAGUUGGAUACUACAGCUGAUUUUAUCUGCCGACCCGUGUGGGGUGAAAUUGAUUAUCCACCUCCUUUUGGUCGGGAUGCUUAUCCCGAAGAAGCUUAUAUUGCUGAUCUGGAUGCUAAGUCUGGUGCCAGUCUGAAAUUGACAAUCCUGAACAGAACGGGACGCAUCUGGACGAUGGUCGCUGGUGGAGGUGCAUCCGUUAUUUAUUCGGAUACAAUUUGCGAUCUUGGCGGUGCAUCAGAGUUGGCAAACUAUGGCGAAUACUCUGGAGCCCCCAGCGAGCAGCAAACUUAUGAGUACGCGAAAACCAUUCUGAGCCUGAUGACAAAAGAAAAGCAUCCUGAUGGAAAAGUACUGAUUAUCGGCGGUGGUAUUGCUAACUUCACAAACGUUGCAGCAACAUUCAAGGGGAUCGUCAAGGCUCUGCAAGAAUUUCAGCCAAAGCUGAUUGAAUAUGAUAUUAAAAUCUUUGUGAGGAGGGCAGGGCCUAACUACCAAGAGGGUCUAAGAAUUAUACGCGAAGUUGGAAAGCGCCUGGGCAUAUGUGGCUAUGUAUUCGGUCCUGAAACACACAUGACUGCUAUCUGCGGUAUGGCUCUCGGAAAGAAGCCAAUUCCUGAUCCUGAGGCACAGGAAUUCUCGACAGCUAAUUUCCUCCUCCCCUCUGGCCAGGAUGUUGGUCCCCCAGCGCCACAAAAGACCAGCUCUGGCUUGCCUAUGCAACAACAAAAGAUAAAAGAAACCGACGUUGUUGAUUCGUCUAGUGGGCAGGAGUUAUUCAGCAAUAAAACCAGGGCUAUUAUUUGGGGAAUGCAAAACAGGGCUGUUCAAAGUAUGCUGGACUUUGACUUUGUAUGCAGGAGAACAGAACCCUCUGUAGCAGCUAUUGUAUAUCCGUUUGUGGGUGACCACAAGCAGAAAUUUUACUGGGGCCACAAAGAGGUAUUGAUUCCUGUUUACAAACAUAUGAAAGAUGCGAUGAACAAGCAUCAAGAUGCUGAUGUCAUGGUGACUUUUGCCUCCUUGCGCUCAGCUUACGACAGCACAGUUGAAACUCUUCUAUUCCCACAAAUCAGAACUAUUGCCAUUAUCGCUGAAGGUAUCCCUGAAAAUAUGACAAGGAAGUUAAUUCUACUCGCUCAGGAAAAAGGAGUCACUAUCAUCGGACCCGCAACUGUUGGUGGUGUAAAGCCUGGAUGUUUCAAAAUUGGUAACACUGGAGGUAUGAUGGAUAAUAUUCUACACAGCAAACUCUACAGACCAGGAAGCGUUGCCUAUGUAUCGAGAUCAGGUGGUAUGUCAAACGAAUUGAAUAAUAUAGUUUCCAAAGCAUCUAAUGGUGUAUUAGAAGGAGUAGCUAUCGGUGGAGAUCGUUAUCCUGGCACUAAUUUCAUGGACCAUAUAAUGCGUUAUCAAGCCAAUCCCAAUGUCAAGCUGAUAAUCCUAUUGGGCGAAGUGGGUGGAGUUGAAGAGUACGAAGUUUGCGAUGCUCUCAAGUCUAAGAAGAUAACGAAACCUUUGGUAGCUUGGUGUAUCGGUACCUGUGCCAGUAUGUUCAAAUCUGAAGUUCAAUUUGGGCAUGCUGGCUCUAUUGCGCACAGUAAUCUUGAAACAGCUGUGGCGAAGAACGCUGCAUUGAAAGCUGCUGGAGCUUACGUUCCCGAUAGCUUCGACAAUCUCGGCGAUCUAAUCCAGAAUGUCUAUCAGGGAUUAGUGAAAGCUGGAAUCAUUCGUCCUGAACCUGAAGUUCCUCCACCCACCGUACCUAUGGACUAUAGUUGGGCAAGGGAACUUGGUUUGAUACGAAAACCUGCAUCCUUCAUGACAUCGAUCUGCGAUGAGCGUGGCCAUGAGCUGCUCUAUGCUGGUAUGCCAGUGACGGAGGUGCUGAAACAAAAUGUAGGAAUUGGCGGAGUUGUGUCUUUACUGUGGUUCCAGCGAUGUUUACCCGCAACUUAUUGCAAAUUCCUGGAAAUGUCGCUGAUGCUUACCGCUGAUCACGGCCCAGCCGUAUCAGGUGCCCACAAUACUAUCGUCUGUGCCCGAGCUGGAAAAGAUUUAGUCAGCUCACUAGUAUCUGGAUUACUUACUAUUGGAGAUCGAUUUGGUGGAGCUUUAGAUGGUGCAGCCCAUAUGUUUUCAGAAGCCUACGACGCAGGCCUUCAUCCUCAGGAAUUCGUAAAUGACACGCGCAAGAAAGGGAAGCUUAUCAUGGGAAUUGGGCAUCGGAUUAAAUCCAUCAAUAAUCCGGAUAUGCGCGUGAAGCUCAUUAAAGAAUUUGUGUUGGAAAAUUUCCCUGCCAAACCACUAGUGGAAUAUGCUCUGGAAGUUGAAAAAAUUACGACAAGUAAGAAGCCUAAUCUUAUUCUCAAUGUCGACGGCAUGAUUGCAUGCGCAUUCGUCGAUAUGCUGAGAAAUAGCGGCAGCUUCACGAGGGAAGAGGCUCAGGAAUAUAUUGAAAUUGGAGCUAUCAACAGCCUCUUCGUACUUGGAAGGAGUAUCGGUUUCAUUGGUCACUUUAUGGAUCAGAAGAGAUUAAAACAAGGACUAUAUCGUCAUCCCUGGGACGAUAUUUCUUACGUACUCCCUGAACAGUACAAUUAAAGAUCGUCACAUCAUAAUCCACAAUAUUUGUCAUAAGCGCUUAAUAAUAAUUUCCGAUUCGUACUUUUACUGAUUCCUGCCUAAAUCGGACAAAAAAGCCUGAGUCAUAUAUUAUUUUCCAUAAAAAAUUGUUUUCAUGAAUUUGAAUAUACUUGAAAAUGAGCCUAGCUCUGUGAAAAUACUAUAAUAUCGUAUUAGGUACAUUCCACGUAAAUGUCGCACCUAGGUCAGUACAGUGUCAUCACACACACACGCACACACACUUUAUUGUUCGUACGACUUGCAACUUUGCAAUAAGGUAUUAAUACUUUAUAGGAAGCGAUAAUUUGUCAUCGGUU